AUGUACAACAGCCGGUCCCUGCAAGCCUUGUUCGUAUUUUUCGCCUUGUGCUCACCGCCAGAUCACUGUCCCAAAACCUUGGCUGCAACUGCAUCAUACAUGGCUGCUGCAACAAUUAGAAUUAGAUGGACACGCAGAGUCACCACGGUAAGCCAGGGUAAAGACACUAUGCCAUGUAUUCGUAAGGAUGUACAAUGCACGGCCGCGGAUCACUUUCCGGUUGCUAGCAGCGUUUCUGGAAGUCUGGAAGAUAGGGCGAGGGUAACGAAAAGAUUGGGUGGAUUGUCGAACCGCAUCUCUGGUGUUUUGCAAAUGCGCUCGCCGGGUUCCAGCCUGUCGGGGAAGCAAAUUGGUCGCGGCGUAGGUGGACAUGGUGACGCUGUCUUGGAGGUUAGUGAGUCUAGAGUCUAG